GCCCCCAUGCAGGAGAUGAUCGAGAUGGCGGCUGAUAAGGAGACGUUCCUGGUCCCGGCCCCGCCGCCGCCCCUCAAGCCCCCGCCCGCGGCGGGGGGAGGGGGCGGCCCCCUGGUGCAGCUGCACCAGGAGGCCGCCUCGACGGAGCUGCACCAGGAGGCCGCCCUGGCCAAUCAGCGCCGGGAAGGGGGCGGGCCGCCGCGCGGGGAAGGCGGCAGGCGCGGAGGCGGCCCCCUCGUGCAGCUGCACGAGGAGGCCGCCCCGCUGGGCCAGCGCCGGGGCGGAAGCGGCCCCGCGGGGCGGCCGCACCAGGAGGCCGCCCUGCACCAGGGGGCUGGCCCCAAGGAGGAAGACAGCGUGGGCGAGCUACAGCGGCCUCGCAACGGCUUCCAGCCCCACCGGCCGGCCGGGGGCAAGCGGCGGAACAGCUGCAACGUGGGCUUCAAGCACCCGGCCUCCAAGCGCCGGCGCCGGGUCAACUCCGAGUGCGACCCGGUGCUGCCCUCCGAGUUCCUGCUGGGGGGCAACAUCUUCGACCCCCUCAACCUCAACAGCCUCCUGGACGAGGAGGUGAACCAGGCCCUCAACGCCGAGACCCCCAAGUCGUCGCCGCUGCCGGCCAAGGGCCGGGACCCGGUGGAGAUCCUCAUCCCCAAGGACAUCACGGACCCGCUCAGCCUCAAUGCCCAGGAUGGCGACGCGGCCCUGGUGCUGGCCUCGCCCUUCAAGAUGGGCCGCAAGCGCCACCGCCACCGGGGGCAGCAGCGGGGCGGCGGGGCCGGGGACUGCAAGCCGGCUCCCUGCAAGGCCUGUGACGCUGCCUGCCCCACCCCGCAGCCCUACGAACUCAACACGGCCAUCAACUGCAGGGAUGAGGUGGUCUCCCCGCUGCUUCCCCUGGCUGCUGAGGGGGCGGGCUGUGUCACCCCCUCUUGCGCCUCCUCCUCCGGCAGCCGCCACCACCGCAAAAGGCGCCGGACUUGCAGCAAAUCGGAGGCGGCCGGGGGGGCCAAGCUGCCGCCGCCUCCCCCCACCCCGGGCGGGGGCAAAGGCGGGGGCCAGCCAGGCAAGAGUAGCCCAGAAAAGGGCAAAGGGGCCGGGCGGCACCAACAGUUGCCCACGGUCAAGCGGAGGCGUCAACAGAGGAAGUUCCAAUACGGCAACUAUUGCAAAUACUACGGCUACCGGAACCCCAACUGCGAGGACGCCCGGCUGCGUGUCAUGAAACCUGAGUGGUUCCAGGGCAAAGAGGUGCUGGACCUGGGCUGCAACGUGGGGCACCUCACCCUGAGCGUGGCCAAGAAGUGGAAACCUGCCCGGGUGGUGGGGCUGGACAUAGACGGGGCCCUGAUCCACUCGGCCCGCCAGAACAUCCGCCACUACCUGUCCGAGGAGAUCCAGCAGCGGCAGGAGGAGGACGAGGAGGCGCCGGAGGGAGCUGGCUCCAAGAGGCGGAGGGGCUGCUUCCCCGCCUCGCUGGUGGCCAGCAGGGGGCCCAUUGCUGCCCCCCGGGUGCCCCAGGACGGGGACGGGGACGGUGCCGCCGACUUCCCCGACAACGUGAUCUUUGUGCGGGGGAACUACGUGCUGGAGCGGGACGAGCUGCUGGAGACGCAGGGCGCCGAGUUCGACGUGGUGCUGUGCCUCAGCCUCACCAAGUGGGUGCACCUCAACUGGGGGGACGACGGGCUGAAGCGGCUCUUCAAGCGCAUCUUCUGCCACCUGCGGCCCGGCGGCCUCCUGCUGCUGGAGCCCCAGCCCUGGUCCUCCUACGGCAAGCGCAAGAACCUGACGGAAACCAUCUACAGAAACUACUACCGCAUCAAGCUGAAACCGGAGCAGUUCCCCUCCUACCUGACCUCCCCGGAGGUGGGCUUCUCCAGCUGUGAGCUGGUGGCCAGGCCCUACAACAGCUCCAGAGGCUUCCAGCGCCCCAUCUAUCUCCUUCACAAAGGCCACCCUGCCGCCCACUGAGGGAGAAGCAGCCGACGCUCGGGCCCGGAACCCCCCCGUUUUUUUCUUUGCAUUGGAGGACAGCUGGGCUGAGCCCGUCGGACUGGGGGCGGGCAGGACUGGCCCGGCCCGCAGGGUUUGCGCUCAGCGAAUCUGCCGUGCGAGAGGCGCUGCCCCCUGCUGGACACUGCUUCGUGCUACAGCCUGGAGGAGACCUGCAUGGC